GAAGAGCUCAGAAACAAGGCACUGUCCAACCCAAACGCACUAACGGAAGAUGAGCGCGAUAUUCUUGUGUGCGGAGUCGCCAAGCGGAACAAGUCUAGUGGCAGACACAGUUUUUGGAGGUUUCACCUUGUUGAAGAUGACAAGAAGCUCGCCGGUCGAGUUGAUGUUAUCUUAUACACUCAAGACGAUAUCAAGAUACAGCGCCAUGCGAACUACCGUCUUAGCCACACUUUCAAGGAAGUGAAAGCAGAGCGGCGCGAAAACCUGAGACAACAACGAAUCGCAGAGCGAGCGGCAAAGAUGAGGGCGGCUCAGCCUCGAUGGUUAAAUCAUAUGUCCGAUGCAAAGUUGUUUCGAUGGGGCUUUGUCAUUUUCCGGACGGCGUACAGCGAGGGAACUGAACAGAAAUGGCGAACGUUUCAAUAUGCCUAUACUUGUAAUAAGAAUGCACAGCUCAAUCAAGGCUGGAAAAGAGCAUCCAGUCUUUGCUCUCAUCAUCAACCACUUUUCGUCAGUGAUUCAUCAUUGGAAGGAGCAGGUGUUGAUGUUUUACGGCAACGAUUCAAGAUCAUGCGAGAGCAGAACGAGAUUCCCGCUGGCAUAGCGACAGAUUGCUUUUUAAUAGCAGAUCUGGCGGCUCUUGACGAAGCAUCCAUCACAUUACGGACAAAAUAUCAACCGAAAGCCCCAGGCGAACCAGAUCCAUGGCAGUUCACGGUUUUUAUAAGGGCUGUUAAUCCAGACUAUGACACAUCUGAAGGAGAUUUAGCUGGCUACGAAGGAGAGAUUACAAUUCCACUCCCCAAAGUUUUUGACUGGCUGUACUACUGUUUCCUUGCCAAAAGCGAAGAUUGGGAGGCCAGAUAUAACGUGGUAAAAGGAGGCCCGGCAGAAAUGAUGAGCCCUUCGUCGCCAUAUCCAGCAUAUCGUCCAGGAACAGAGGCUGCUAAUCUCUCAGAGAUACUGCCGCCUUAG